AUGGGCGUUUGCCGUUCUUUCAAACCUCAAGGUGCGCUUCACCUGUUGUGGAACAUCGCUCUACUUGGUUCUCUUCUCUCUGGAGCUGCAGCCCAUAAUGAUUCUGCUAAACUGCGAGAGUGCUUGAGCAGCUCCAGCAUUCUGGCUUCCUUAACAACCUUUUCGGACGCCACAAACUGGCAGACGAUUACCUCUCCCUGGGCUCUACGAUUCAGACCUGAGCCAGCCGCUAUUGUCGUCCCUCGCACCAAGGACGAGGUCGCUGUCGCAUUGGCAUGCGCUGUCGAUGCGGGUGUCAAAGUGUCCGCUCUGAACGGAGGACACUCCUACGGAGCAUAUGGUCUCGGUGGCGUGGAUGGAGCACUCGUGAUUAACAUGGAGCGCUUCACUGAGACCACUUUCGACAAGGCGACUCGUCUUUUCACAUGCGUUAUGCUGACAAUAAUAGCUAUGGUGGAGGAAGCCGAGUUGGAACCAGCUGCAACAUGGCUCUGGGAGAACCACGGGCGCCACUUCCCCCACGUCCGUGCUAACUGGGUCGGUCUUUCGGGCUCUUCAAUCGGGGAGCGGCUUUGGAACAACAAGUCGUUUCCUCGCGUUGAAGUGAUGCUGUACAAUGGCACCGUCGUGACUGCUUCUCGUACGGAAAACCCUGACCUAUUCUUCGCUGUCCAGGGUGCUGGCUCGUCCUACGGUAUAAUUCUGUCUCUGACGACUCGCACAUGGAAACCAGAGUUCGAUAUAGUCACCAACUUCACAAUCUCACUUGGUGCGGUGGAUCUUGACACAGGCGCCCAGGCCCUUAUUGAUAUCCAGGACUGGGCCAUGACAAAAGCCCCUGAUACGUUCGCCUUGCGAUGGCAACUUGCGGGCGAAUGGAACGGUAGCGGUUACUUCUACGGCAACCCUGAUGAAUUCGAUACACUGUUUGCUGGUCUCGUCAAACGCUUGCCAAAUACAACCACGACCACGGUGCGAACGGCGGAUUUCUGGGCCAUGGAGAACUUUGCCGUUCCACAGCUCAACGGUACUGUCGACGCCUUCCCUCCACGCAGCAUGUACCUACAAGCUCUGAUCCUACGUAACGACCAGCCUUUCACCUUCGAGUCUGCCAAAGCGCUUUACCAGUACACUACGCUUGCCUUUAACCGUACUGAUUUGACCGAGUUUGGCUUCCUGGACCUUUGGGGCGGCGUUUCUAGGGAUGUUGACGACACAAAGCAAGCAAUGGCGUACUCCAACAACCAGUGGCUCAUCCGAUGGGAAGGGCGUCUUGCAAAUGGUCUAACCCAGUGGCCCGCUGACGGCAUUGAAUAUAUGCAAGCUGGUUUCAGACCUUUCCAGGAGCAGCUGAAGAAGGAGGGAGUACCGCUGAGGGGGUUCGUGAAUUACAGAGAUACCGAGCUUACUGUGGAGGAAUGGAGUGUGCGGCUUUAUGGGAACAACUUUGCGAAGAUGAAGAAGAUUAAGUCAGAGUUGGAUCCGCAUGGCGUGUUCACAACACAUGCGCAGAGCAUCCCCUCAUUGUAG